GCUGGGCGAAGCCUAGAGAGGCGACCGGAAGAAGGCGUCCUAGGCCGGCGGAGGACCCAGAGCGCAGCGCACGCUGGACCAUAGAGACGGGAAGUGGGAGCGAGAGGCCGCGCCGGAAGGAAGAAGACCCGGCGCGCAGGCGGCUUGGCAAGAUGGCGGCCACCAAGAGGAAGCGGCGUGGAGGCCUGGCGGGCCCGGCGAAGAGGCCGAGGAAGAGCGAGAAGGAUGCCAGGCCUGCAGCGAAGCAGCGCGACCAGGCCGAGGAGGCGGGGGAAGAGGACAGGAACCGCAUCCCAGGCCCCGUGUGCAAGGGCAAGUGGAAAAAUAAGGAACGGAUUCUCAUCUUUUCUUCCAGAGGAAUAAAUUUCAGAACAAGACAUUUAAUGCAAGACUUAAGAAUGCUGAUGCCUCAUUCUAAAGCAGAUACUAAAAUGGAUCGCAAAGAUAAGUUAUUUGUGAUUAAUGAGGUUUGUGAAAUGAAAAACUGCAAUAAAUGUAUCUAUUUUGAAGCUAAGAAGAAACAAGAUCUCUAUAUGUGGCUUUCAAAUUCACCUCAUGGUCCAUCUGCUAAAUUCCUAGUUCAAAAUAUUCAUACCCUCGCUGAGCUAAAGAUGACCGGAAACUGUCUGAAAGGUUCUCGGCCCCUUUUGUCCUUUGACCCUGCUUUUGAUGAAUUACCACAUUAUGCUUUGUUAAAAGAACUCUUAAUUCAGAUCUUCAGUACACCACGCUACCAUCCCAAAAGCCAACCGUUCGUGGACCACGUGUUUACUUUCACUGUUUUGGAUAAUAGGAUAUGGUUUCGGAACUUUCAGAUCAUAGAGGAAGAUGCUGCUCUUGUAGAAAUAGGACCUCGCUUCGUCUUAAAUCUCAUAAAGAUUUUCCAGGGAAGUUUUGGAGGACCAACUUUAUAUGAAAAUCCUCACUACCAGUCCCCGAACAUGCAUCGACGUGUUAUACGAUCCAUCACAGCUGCAAAAUAUAAGGAGAAACAGCAAGUUAAAGAGGCACAAAAACUGAGAAAGAAAGAACCAAAGACUGUUCUUCCACAUGACCCCACUGCAGAUGUUUUUGUUACACCAGCUGAGGAAAAGCCCAUAGAAAUUCAGUGGGUGAAACCAGAGCCAAAAGUUGAUUUGAAAGCAAGAAAGAAGAGGGUUUACAAAAGACAAAGAAAAAUGAAACGGAAGGUGAACAGUGGAAAUACAAAAUGAAUCGAUGGAUAAUUAAUUUUUCAGUUCUUUCAUAUUUAUUUUGUAUUCAGUGUGUGAAUAUUUUUAUUCAGGACUAUUUACAACUAAUUAGUGUUUCAUUUAAAAGAAAAAAUUAAAAUUUUGUGGCUUCAGUAUCUGUUUUUCUAAAUAAAAUAUCCCUAGAACUCAAAUUUCUGUUCAAAGGUUAUUUGCUAUUAUUAAAAAUUUAGAGCACUUAAGAGUUAGGCCUGUCCUCUUAGAUUAAAACUUUUUAUUUGUUUGUUUAGCAAAGCUAGAUUGUAAACAAUUUAUUGGGUUACUAGUAAACAUAGCAUUAGGCACUUGGAGCGUAGUUUCCGAUGGGGAGGUAGGGGUUGACUGGGAGGAAAGAAAGCAUCUUAGUAGGUUUGAGUCCCUGAGUCACCAAUUAAUGAGCCCUUGGACAAGCCAACGUCUGUUCUUGUUUUCUCAUUUCAAAAAGGUACAACAAAAAUGCUUAGGUUUUGAGAAUCGAAUUCUUUCAUUGAAAGCAUUUUGUAAGUUAAAUUUUAGAAGCAGUGGGUAUAAAUUACUUAUUGAUAGUAAAAGGAAGAAGUACAAGGCAGUUGUUAGGAGGUACUAGAAUAUUUGAAUUUCUCUGAAUUAUUUGCAGCAAAAGGAUAUAUAUGUAUCUUCAGAAGUUGUAUAGAUACUACAUAACUAAUAAAAUUAAGUCAUGCUGUGGAGGUCUGUCAUCACUUUAAUUUCACAAUCAUUUUCCCAUGUCUGUUUUACAAUAUGGUUAGUAAUUGUACAGUAUUCUACUCUAUAGCACAUGUCAGUUUUUUAUUAAGUAGUUCAGUUACAUAUUUUCUUGUAUAGGUGCUUGCAGUAAACAUUCCUAUAUACAAAUUAUUUUGUACAACGUUCAUAUAUUCUAGUACCUUCUAACAACAGCCUCUAAGUAGUAGGACUCAGGUCAGAACAUUAAAAGUUCUUAUUGCUCCCCUAAAUAUUAUACCUCACCAGAAGUUAGAGCAUUCAUUUUCUUUUACCUUUGCAGUGGUGAAAUAAUCUUUGUCUAUUGGAUAGUUAAAAAAUACUGUUUUCUUGGUGUUUUUUCGUUAGGUAUUGGUUCUUAAGACUUUUGUUUUGGGGUGUUGGUUAUUGUCAUUAAUUUUUCCUAAUUUGUAAGAGCUCUUAUAUAGUAAGUUCAUUCUAGACGUCUUUUCUGUUUCAUCACUUGUAGUUUAAUUUAAAAUUUUUUUUUUUAAAUAUAGACAGGAUGAUAAAUUUUUCCUCAUUCCAUUUUCUCUUAAUUUUCUACUAAAAAACGCCUUCCUGAGACUAUAAUUAGGCUACUUGAUCUGAAAAUAGUCUAAAUGAUGAGGCUACUGAAGUCUUCUAAAUUAUGCAGAUAAUUCAGGUCAGAUUUUAUUGAUAAAUCUGGCCUUAUAUAAAAAUAACUUCAGGAUUUUUUUU